GCCUCUUCUCGUGAGUUCUCGCUUGUACCCACCGAGCAGCUGGAUGCCACACAGCCGCAAGAGAUGAAGAUUUUGGUACACAUCGAGUUUACCACCUUCUCCGCGAGCGCAGAGGAUGAAGGUGAAUCACCAAUGCGGCAGGCGAUCAAGGGGGAAACACCAAAGUCCAUCGAACCGGUCACUUCGGGACAAACCGCACCCCGGGAUGACACCAUGCUGAUGAGUCCUCAGAAAACCGUCAGUACCCUUUCGGAACAGGCUGUGGAAGAGGUGAUCUAUGAGGAACCGCAACAGGCCGCUGAAGACGUGAGCGCCACAGAGACCCAUGCGGACUUUGAGACAGAGAGACAGAUGACGGAAGUGGACAGGAAUCAGGUUCCAGUUCUGGACUUAACGAAAACGGAAGAGGUGGAUAAUGACGAUGGUGUCAUGGUAACCGCAGACCCAAUAACAGGCGACAUCGAUAUAAGUAUGCGCGGAGGUGCUUUGAAUCCGGAGGAUGACCUCGAUAUUGCCAUCAUAAAUGGUGCGGAAAGCGGCCAAAUGGGUAUACGUAUCCGGGAGGGUUCCCGAGCGGGCUCACCGGCCACCGAAUUUGACAUUGUUAUCAAUACGGAGACGCUAGGUUAUUCGGCGCCGGCAAGGGAGGAGGAGGCGGCUCUCAUUUCGUCGACACCGGUUGAAAGUGUGCAAGUCAUGUCGGAGAGCGAGGCGCCGAUGAAAGUCGGGGCGGAUAUGGCCCUAACGAUGAGCUCUACCACGGAAGAAGUAGAGCCCGCGGACGUUGAGUUUCUGCAUCAGCCCACGCCACACGGUGCCUUGAGCGAAGUUGACAUGCAAAUUAAUGAGACUACAGGGGUCCUGCAGGUACGAAUGUCAGAGAUGCAGACCUCUGAGGUAGAAGAUAGUAAGGAGAUAACUAUUGACCUGAUGGUGGUUGAGUCGGGACCGCAAGCUCAGGUGCAGCAUAUGGUCCGGGUGGAGACAGCAGAAAUAGACUUGGAAAUCAUUGAGCAGAUUAUUGAGACUGGCGAGGAGGUUGUCUAUGAGAGGGUAAGUAACAUUGGCACGCCCGAUGGUGCCCUCUUCCAGACCAAGGAAAGUGUCCGCAUACAGUCGCAUCAGGAUGACGAAGUGGUCCUCUCCAUCGUCUCGGAGUCGGGUGUCGGUGAAGUCGGACCCACAGAC